AUGUCCCGUCUCUGGGAGAUAUAUCACCAGCAGAACUCAGUGGGAGGUACGGUCCUAGAAGUGGACGACCUCGAGUUACCACUGCUGCGCAAGAUCGGUACAACCGAGUACAUCAUCUGCGUCAUCGAACAGCCACAGAGACCAAGGGAGCUGUUCCAGCAGGUCACGAGAGACUUUCUCCAGAAUCAGAACAUCAAUGUGCUGCCUGGGCCCUCCAAAUCGCAAGACUUAAACCCGAUCGAACAUAUUUGGGAUGCCCUGGACAUGUGGGUGCGACAGCGUAACCAGACAUUUCAGCAACUCGCACAUGCACUACAGCUCUACACCUGUCAGAACACCUUCCCAACUCUACACCUGUCACAAGACCUUCCCAACUCUACACCUGUCACAACACCUUCCAAACUCUACACCUGUCACAACACCUUCCCAGCUCUACACCUGUCACAAGACCUUCCCAACUCUACACCUGUCACAACACCUUCCCAAGCUCUACACCUGUCACAACACUCUACACCUGUCACACUCUACAACAGCUCUACACCUGUCACAACACCUUCCAAGCUCUACACCUGUCACAACACCUUCCCAACUCUACACAUGUCACAAGACCUUCCCAACUCUACACCUGUCACACCUACCUUCCAACUCUACACCUGUCAGAAGACCUUCCCAGCUCUACACCUGUCACAACACCUUCCCAGCUCUACACCUGUCACAACACCUUCCAAGCUCUACAACUGUCACAACACCUUCCCAACUCUACACAUGUCACAAGACCUUCCCAGCUCUACACCUGUCACAACACCUUCCAAGCUCUACAACUGUCACAACACCUUCCCAACUCUACACAUGUCACAACACCUUCCCAGCUCUACACCUGUCACAACACCUUCCAAGCUCUACAACUGUCACAACACCUUCCCAACUCUACACCUGUCACAACACCUUCCCAGCUCUACACCUGUCACAACACCUUCCCAACUCUACACCUGUCACAACACCUUCCCAACUCUACACCUGUCACAACACCUUCCCAACUCUACACCUGUCACAACACCUUCCCAGCUCUACACCUGUCAGAACACCUUCCCAACUCUACACCUGUCACAACACCUUCCAAGCUCUACACCUGUCACAACACCUUCCCAACUCUACACAUGUCACAACACCUUCCCAACUCUACACAUGUCACAAGACCUUCCCAACUCUACACCUGUCACAACACCUUCCAAGCUCUACAACUGUCACAACACCUUCCCAACUCUACACAUGUCACAAGACCUUCCCAACUCUACACCUGUCACACCUACCUUCCUAUCAUAUUACAGCAGCCGCAAUUAUAAACAAUGA